GAGACAUCUAUGUUUAUCUCUACCUUGUUGAGCGUCGAUUUGGCCCCAGCUGUUUGAGCGAGCGUCAACGCUUGUCAAAUCAAUUGCUUUAAUCUUCUCUCACUUUGGUCGCCUACUGGAACAAGAGUGGUCCAUUGCUGCGGCCGUGCCAGAGACGGCUUCGGGCGAUCCGCUUGCUUCCUUUGCCUGUUUCAACGAACUGCCGCCGAAAAUUCGGUACAUGGUCUGGGAGUGGGCACUUCCAGGGGAUGUCCCUGAAGUCUACAUGCUUAAGCCAUACCUUGUUCGACCAAAUGUUGCACUUCCCACGGUGAACACCGGAUUCUCUGCAACGGGUCAUGUGUGUCGUGAAGCUCGGGAAAUCGCGCUUAAACGAACUCAGAUGUGUGGUUCGCAAGAAGCUGAGGCUAUAACUCAAUUGGAGCUUGAUAUCCUGUACAUCGGCGCCUUGGACUUCUUCACUGUCUUUUCCCGCCCCGAGUUCUUCUACGGCGACCUGGUCCAGAAGCUCCAGCACAUCGCCGUCGACAUCGUGCUUAUUUCAAACCACAAUCAGAUCCCAAACACGUUCAGGUUCCUUCAUAGCUUGAAGACCCUGACCGUCCUCUUCAGUGAAGCCCGCGGUUUCGACACAGCCGGCGAAGAGUUGCACUUAUCUCAUCCGAUACGCUGAUGCCAGUUGCGGCCGUUCACCAAAAAGGAGCUAAUACAAACCAAAGUUGGUAACACAGACCCGAGCAUCUCUUCUUUCAUGCUGGUAUUGAAUUUUAGUCAUCUGCUGCAUUCAAGCAUGCAAGACCGUACCAAGGAACUCUUACCUAGUUGGGGCGAAGGUCAAAUAGGGGUUUGGGACUA